CUGAUAAACUGCAGCAUCAAGGUUGCUCAAUGCCAGAAAGGCCAUGUUGUUCUGGAUUGCGUACACCACCGAGGGCACGCUCAGCUUCAGCAGCCCUCUGGGGUUGCAGAGCACGUGCUCCUUGAUGACAUCAAGCAGCUUUCUUGGGCUUCCGGAUUCUCUGAGAAAGACACGUAGAGUAGUUGGAAAAUUGAAUGGGCUGCCUUGUGAUCCGAUGCUCCACUCUCAGGAGCCCCCAAUGAAUGUUAACAGAGUGAAGCCCGCAGACAUUGCGGUUUUAGCCUCUAUUGGAGUGCAUACGCACAGCACUGAGUUGUCCACUGUGGCAUCAAGACUUCAAGAACUGAUGAGCAUGUUCAAUCCUGCACUUACGGGUCCUCGUUUGGAAGAUGCACUCACGAGCGCCCCUCACUUCGGAAGAGACGGCACGCUGCUGGAGCAAGCAGAAGAGGCUUCUCUCUACCUCCAAAGCCAUCCGAAUUCUUGGAAGCUGCUGCUGCUUUUUGUGCAAGUGGACCAGUUCUGUGCCUGUGACCAGCAGGAGGCCGAGGCCGUUAUCAGAUCGGCGAGCGGGGAGGUGGACGCUGCUUUACAGCUGCUGCAUGCUCAGCUGAAGCGGACUCUGGUCAGUGUUGCGUUAUGGGCUGGAGAGAGCGACACUUCCCAAAGCAGGUUCUGCCCAUGCUCGGAACGAAAUCAAGGCGGAGAGGUCAGACUUGUGAAAGCCACGCUGACUCAUGCCUUGCAGGUUGGUCGCUGCCGUUUGCAUUCCUCUCCGUUUCGCUCCACGGCAAAUGAUGCGCUCGAUAUGUUUCAGGCAUCUUUGAAUGAGCUUUUGAGGAAGAGAAACUGGUCCAAAGACGACUUCAGUGUCAUCCUGCAGGACGAACCUCUCGUCAGACACUUCGCUUCCGAUAACACUGGGAAGCCUGUCUCCGGGUCACGAGCGUCACAUGAGACGGAUAAACUGAUGGCGCGGUUGUGGAGCAACCUGCUGCAGCCCGCAAGUGACAAACAUGACGCAGACGACGAUGGGAACAACCUUGCAUUGCAAUGUCCAACCGUGGACCGUCCCUUCCUGAGGACGGAGGGAAACUCUCCUUCAAAUCACGGCAGCGACCCUUCUCCUGUCCUCUCCCGUAACGUCGGCACAGCCAUGCGCUGCGAGGACAUCGGCCCUUCCGACUCUACGCCCGCCUCUGUGCACGAGCUGAGGCCAGGCGAUAUCAGCGUGGUCGCUGCGGUGGGAGACUCGCUGACAGCAGGGAACGGGAUUGCAUCCAGCCAAACAAACAUUCUGGACGUCCUGACCCAGUACAGAGGUUUAUCUUGGAGUGUCGGCGGAGAUGAAAACCUCACAACUGUAACAACUCUGCCCAAUAUAUUAAAGCAUUUUAACGCUAACGUGACGGGUUACUCCGUCGGGAGGGGGAAACAACACACGCCUCAGGCUUUUCUCAACCAGGCUGUGGCUGGAGCAAAAAGCAAGGACAUCCCAUCUCAGGUGCGAGCCCUCGUGGCGAGGAUGAAGAAUGACUCGAGCAUCAAUUUCAAAUCCGACUGGAAAGUGAUCACGGUGUUUAUCGGUGGCAAUGACGUCUGCGACCACUGCUACAAUUCUCUCUUCUACUCGGUGGAGAAUUAUAUCAAAAAUGUCCGAGAAAGCCUGGAUUAUCUACACAAAGAGGUGCCCCGAGCGCUCGUCAACUUGAUCGAGCCCCUGCAUAUUAUCCCCUUGAGAGAAAUGCAUUUGGACGCCACGUUGAAAUGCCCCACCUGGCUCGUCAAUAUUUUGUGCCCUUGUGUUAUCUUACCAAAGUCCACCUCGACCUCACUGGAAAAAUUAGAGCAGCUAAACCGACAAUAUCAGCUGAUGAUCAACCAACUGGUCGAGUCCAAGCGCUACGACACUCGGCCCGACUUCACUGUGGUCGUCCAGCCUUUUUUCAGAGAAAUCAUCGUUCCCAGACUACCGGACGGCCACCCCGAUCGCUCUUACUUCAGUGCCGACUGUUUCCACCUGAGCCAGAAGGCCCACACUCAGAUGGCUCGCUCCUUGUGGAACAACAUGCUCGAGCCUCUCGGAAACAAAACGUCCUGGCAGGAUUUUGGCACCGACAUUCAACUGAAAUGUCCCUCAAAGACGUCCCCGUUCAUCCGCACCUAUCACAACAGCAAUUACACAUACGGUCCUCCUCCACCAAUACCGCCGCCAAAUACAAACUGGGGAAGCGACUUCUCCUGCGUGGACCUUGCUCCUUCUCACUCUGUGCCAACAUCGGUUCACGAGCUCAGGCCAGCGGACGUCAAGGUGGUGGCGGCGGUCGGAGACUCCGUCACGGCUGGCACUGGCGCUAAAGCAAAGAAUCUUUUGGAGCUCAGUCGAGAAUAUAAAGGCGUGUCUUGGAGCGUUGGGGGAGACCGAGCUCUGGAAACUGUUACGACCCUACCAAACAUCCUAAGAAAGUUCAACUCGGCUCUGAAGGGCUUCUCGAAAGGUCAGGGGUCAAGACAGAAGGGCUUCAACAUGGCUGCGGGAGGAGCCAAGACCUCGGACAUCCAAAACCAAAUCCAGGCUCUCAUCAAGGCCAUGCGAGAACACAAGGUCACAACGCUAACAACAAUAUUUGUGGGGGGAAAUGACCUGUGCCACUACUGCACCGAUCAAAGCAAUCUGUCACCCGGUAAUUAUAGUCGCAAUCUGAUGCUGGCGUUAGACACACUUUACCAAGAGGUACCCAGGCUGUUGGUCAAUCUCGUGGAGAUCAUGCAGAUCGACACGCUAAAACAAGUCACAAAAAACACUCUGGGAUGCUCCUUGCUUCAGAGAACGAGCUGUCCGUGUAUUAUCAACCCAACCGAAAAAUCGCCAGAGAUGGAGGAAAUGAAACAAAUCAAUCUGGAAUACCAGGCUGAAAUCCAUCAUCUUAUUUCUGGAUCUCGUUAUGAUGGGAAAGAAGACUUUGCUGUUGUUCUUCAGCCAUUUUUACACAAUUCCUUCAUCCCUUAUAUCGGCGAAGGGGAGGCGGACACCACUUUCUUCUCGGUGGACUGUUUUCACAUCAGUGAGCGAGCUCACGCCGAGAUGGCCAUUGCACUGUGGAAUAAUAUGUUGGAGCCCGUAGGCAGGAAACAAGCUUAUAACAACUUCACCUAUGACCGCUCCAAGAUUCAGUGUCCUACUGAGGCCAGUCCCUUCAUCUUCACCAAAGUCAACAGUGCGCCUCGUCCACUUUGGACAACCACGACCGCCUCCCCCACCUCGGCAUCAUCGAGCAGUACGACAAACGCGUCGGCGCACCCGUGCGCGCCCUCCCAGCCGCUGUGGGUUCCACUGGUCGUGGGAGUCGUUAGUUUACUGGUGGGCAUCGCCACCGCCUGGUUCGUGUGCUCUUUCGUGCUACAGAAGAGAAGCAAGGGAGAGUUCUCGGGAGAUACGAAAGCAACGGGAUUGUAAUGCGUUUAUCGGGUAUGAGAUUGUCUCAAUCCAAGCGUGCCUCACAACUGGAUGGAACCAGGCACGACAUCAACACGCCAGUUAGAUUUUGUCAAGCCCUCCAGCCCCCACCCACACGAAGUCGAGCUCUCUCCUGCUGUAUUUUCAAUUUUGAAGCAACGACUUCGCAAACAACUGAGCUCAUCAGGUAUGCAGCAACAACGAUCCUUUUUCAGUUCAGUCAUCCCAAAAUUUGUACUCAUCUAUCGAAGCCAGUGACAUGUAGUGACAGCCAGAAGGUGUCAUGAAGCUGCGUGUUCACCUGUUGCCCAGCUGUCAUGGAUUCCAUUUUUUUUUUUUU